UAAGUACAGCCAAACCUCUGAAUACUAUCUCUCCCUUAAGCAGCAUUUGCAUAAAGCAUGUGUCAUACUUUUAUUCCACAACCCAGGGUUCAUAAGCAACACGGCGCUAGAGAGUGUGAGCAGGAAGCUCCUGGCAUGACUUCGAGUCAUCGAAUCCCUUCUCUCUAUCCAGAGCACACAAAGCUCCAAGAACACUGAGUAGCAAGUAUCACUCUUUGCGAGACUUGCCAACAAGCGAUCAACUUGCUUUAAGCCUCCUUGCUUUGGUCUAAACCUCUAUAGUAUAAAGCCCUUGCAGAAGGUCUGACCAAACGAACAGGCUUCUUUGCAACCAUUUCCGUGGUCUUUGGACUGGUUUGGUGUGUUAAUUGCAUUGGCAUUCAUAUACUUUUUAUUGGCAUUCAUAUAACUGUUAAUUUGGUGAAUUGGAAGCCGGUGAGAAUAUACUUUACCGUGGAUAAAACAAUUUUAUUUGCUUUGGAAAUCUUACUAAAACAAGAAACUUGGCUAGUGAAGAGAAAUAGACAUCAAGCCAUGAAGAACGAAAACCGUCAUUGACAGCACAACUUCACAUAUAUAGAGACUGGAUGUGCGAACAGUAAAGCAUAUGAGGAUUUAUCAGUUAUGAUUUAUGUGAAUACACCAUGAAUAGGAUCAGUUUGAAUAUACUGCUUGCAGCUGGUAUCAUCAUUAGUCUUCUGAGCUGUGUCUUCUGCCAGGGCUGGAUACCAGCUUGUCCAAAGCCAUGUCGCUGUUCAUUAGAUCGUAGCCCUCAACAGACUUAUAGUCUUGGACCAGGAGCUUACAAGCAGGUUGACUGUCGCUACGGAAACCUAUUCAAUAUACCCCCAAACCUUCCACCAGAUACUCAAGUGUUACUUCUCUCCAACAAUUUUAUAAAUGCAAUUACUCCCCUUGAGUUAGAGCAGGUUCCCCACCUGAAAAAGCUGGACCUGUCCCACAAUUACAUCACAGAGAUUGCACCAGAGACUUUCAAAUUCAAUGUAGAUUUAAAGAUGUUAAAUCUUGGAUGGAACCAGAUUGUUGCAAUAGCUAACAGUGCAUUUGAUGGAUUAAGCGCCCUCUCUAGACUUUUGCUGUCAUCUAACCAGCUUGUUGAUGUUCCAAAUGCUAUACAGAAUUUAAUAUCUUUAGUAUUAUUGGAGCUUUCUCGCAACCAGAUUGUGACAGUAAAUCAGAAUUCAUUUGCAGGUCUCGGACAAUUGCAAUUCUUAAAUCUUCGAAGCAACCAACUAGAAACUGUUGCUCCACUCACUUUUAAUGACUUAAGAUCACUAGUAAAUCUUCAUCUGACAGCAAACAAAUUGAAGGUUUUGCCUGCCAAUGUGUUCAGAAACUUGAACAACUUGGCUGAUAUUUCACUCGGUAUGAAUGACCUUGAGCAGAUUCCUCCAUACAUUUUCUACGGAUUAGGAUCUGUCAGACACAUUGACCUUCAUAACAACAAGCUAACUCAUCUUCCAUCCACUCUUUUUCAAGGAAUGCCAGCACUGCAGGAGAUUGACCUUAAUGGAAACAAUAUUUUAAGAGUUCCUCCAACCCUUUUCAGGGGCCUUGUAAAUCUCCGUUCAAUUGAAUUCACUGGCAAUGAUCUCCUUGAACCCUUACCUGUAAGUCUAUUAUACGGUCUUCAAUCUCUCCAAAGUGUCGAACUCCACUUGGUGCAGAAUAUACCAACAGCAAUGUUCAGGUCUGUACCACAACUCACCAGUUUAGAAAUUACAGAAAGCGAUAUACCCGUCCUGCCAUAUCAAAUAUUUCAAAACUUGCCAAAUUUACAGACUCUUAUUCUUCGAGAUAAUGGCAUAGGAAUUAUUCCGUCAGGUACGCUAAAUGGACUAACAAGUCUAAGAAGUUUAGAUCUGUCACUAAAUGCACUUACAUCUCUAAAUGAAUCAACAUUUGGUGCCAUGCACUCUAUUAGAGAACUAUUCUUACAGGAUAACCUGAUCACUUCUGUCUCACGUGGAGCAUUCAGUAGUAUGACACAGCUGCAGACCCUGAGACUUGAUGUUAACCUUUUAAGAGAGUUGCGUGCUGAUGCAAUGCCUGAGAAUGCUGCCCUCACGACACUACAGUUAGCUGAUAACCCACUGGAGCGUGUUGAUGGUGCAAUGUUUUCAAGACUCCCCAAUCUCGCUCAUAUGACCAUGGAUAGCAGAAGAUUAAUCUGUGAUUGUCACAUGUCAGAAUUUGCUAAAUGGAUGCAGAGGAAUCAAAAUACAAUUGAUACAACUAGUGAGCUUGUUUGUGGAACACCAUCAGGAUUCAGGAACAGACCUCUAUUGAAUCUCAUCUCAAAUCCUCGAAAUCCAUUUCGGUGUGCAUAUCCAGCUAUUACCACAUUGCCCAAAACACAACAUAAAGCAGUGUCAACUGGAGCUACAUUCACUCUCCCAUGUAAACUAACUGCCCAGGCAGCUGCAAGGACAAGGUGGCAACUCCCAAACCGUCCAGGUAUGUCAGUUCCAUCUUACCGACAGGAGGCCACUUAUGAUCCUAUUGGACAUUUGAAAGUCAAUGGUGAUGGCUCUCUAGUAGUAUACAAUGCAAGUGCCGAAGACAGUGGGUUGUAUCACUGCAACACCAGGAAUUCUAUGGGCUCUGACAAUAUUACUUAUGCUGUUGCCGUUCUUGCACCAAAUGCUCCAACAGCACCCGGCAUUCUCCCAAAAAUUCCUCCUGUAGAAUCUACAGCACAAGGAAAUACAACAUUCUCAAUUCCAAAGCCACAACAACCCACUCGUGGCAUGCCACCUACUAGGAGAACCCAUAUUGGACCAGUUCAACCAACAAUUACCUCUCAAAGAAAUGAUACUCCAAAUGUUCAUCCUUCAUUUGGGGCAACUGUUAAGGCAAUGGGUCCAGGUCAAGGAGCUCAAAAAACAACACUGCACCCACUGACUGUCAAUUCAAAAACAGGAGAGCCUAAAAUGGCUGACAGAACAUUGGUCCCAACAUUUGCAUCUUGGACAACAAGAAGUCCAGGACAAAAAGUCCCAUGGGGAACUGCAAUGCCUCCACUGUUUGAAGGGUCCACAGAUACACCUUUAGGAACGAUUGUUCCAAACUUAAAAUGUAUCCCAAAUCCCUGUCAAAAUGGUGGUACAUGCAAUAUGGUACCAAAUGAAAGCAUUGAGUCAGAAAGUGAAAACUUGAGCUCUGAAAAGUCAUUGUUUGCUGUCUUCAAUGAUGCAUUCCGAUCACGAAAGCCUAGAUCUGCAGAAAAUGCAAUGAAAAAAGCAUUAGCUCCAAGCAGACAGAUCCGCUGCUCAUGUCUGAAAAAGUAUGGAGGGCCCUUAUGCCAAAUCCUUAAGCCAGGUAAUCCUACCAAAGUAGCCGUUGUGGAAUCUACCAAUGAUGUGAUUACUCUCAGUUGGUCACAAGCUGUCAAGGGUGAAGUUGCUGGGUACAGGGUGUUCUACAGCCUCGUUGGGGAUCGCACAGUAGUAAAGAGUAUUCCGAUUCAUCCAGAUGUUAACCUCUUCUCUAUGAACAAGCUCAAAAAGGAUUCCACAUAUCGCAUCUGUGUGAUAGCAUUCAACAAAGGGGGUGAAAGCUCUAUUGGAGAGGAAAAUUGCAUUUGGGCAGAAACAGUUACACAAAACAGGAGCACUAGUCCAAUCUUUAGCACUCAGUUCAUUGCUAUUGCAGCUGGAAUUGUCUCGUUGUUUGCUGUAGCUUUGUUUAGUGCUUAUUGUUAUCUGCGGACAAAGAAAAAGCGAGACAGCUUUGAUGAAGCAGUGGUUGUGCAAAGACCAGCACCGAGGCCAGCAUCAGCUGCUGCAGAAGUGUUUAGAAGAAGCCUUAGGAGGCCAAUGGGUUCAUACUAUUCCAAUAUGGAUGACUUAAUGCUCAUAGACAUGAAUCAACAAACAAACAGGCAAAUGUACAUGAAUCCAUUUGAUGCACGGCAUUCUGCAAUGCUUCAUGACAUGGAGUCCAGAAGACCAACACAGAGUCAAAGUGCUCCGAAAAUAUUUACAAAACCGAAUCAAAGACGAACUCUUCGCAUUCAAGAGGAUACUGUCUUAUGAUAAGCAGACAGAUUUACAGUCCUAUGAGCCUUUUUUCUCAAAAAAAAGGAAAUUAACUUGUUAUAUGUAUUCAUGCAUUGAUGUUUGUGUCUGUGAAUGACUUGUCAAGAUGAUCUAACAUAUUGUGAAAAAUAAAUUUAUGAUUAAUAUUGUAUAAUUCUUAUAUUCACUAUCAAUUCAUUCACAUAAGUUAUGUACAAAGUACACUGGAAUCCAGUUUGUACUAUCAUUGAUUGUACAGACACUGUUUCGACUGCAGGUAUGAAAAUCUAAUUUCGAUAGGAAAUGAUAAAAAUCAAUCCUUCAGAGGUCAUCAUAAGCCAAAAUUCUUUAGAACAGUGAAGUUUCAUUAAACAACUCAGGCUUGAUUGAAAUUACAUUCAAUUUACUACAUGAUUUUCUUGCUGAUGUGGUUUUCUUGGUGUUGCUAACACAGGAAACAACAUGUGGGACCACACGAUAAACAAAUUUUUCAAUAAUUUGUUUGAUCUUCAUUUUGCAGAUAUCAUUUAUUUAUUUCAUAUAUAAUUCUGCAUAAUUAUUGUUCAAUUCUGUGAACAUUUCAUUGUCUGUUGUUACCGUUACAAGGACCAGAGUUUUCCUUGAAUUUUGAGAGACAUUCAAGUGAGCAUGUUAUCUUUUUUAAACUUGAUAGACACAUACUACUAUCUAACAAAACAAUUACUUCCAUACACCUUUCCAGUAUUCUCAAUACUGUUGACAAUAUUGCUACAAUAUGUCUGCUAAAAAAAGUAUAGUGCUAAAAUGUGUAAUGGUUUGUUGUUAUCAUUAGUGUUAAAAGGAUCAAAAAUAAAUUUUAAAAAUGUCAGGGGCAAUAUUUCAUUUAGCCCAUCAUAACUUUUUUUUAAAAAAUCAUUGCAGAUGGUUGGCUGUAAGAAGAUUUGUGUAAGUGGUUGAUAAUGGUAUCAAGCUUAUGAAACAAGGCCCUAACAGAUCAAGUAGUGUUAGUCCAAGGUAGUGACAAGAUAUACCAAAUGCACGAUAAAAGACCAAGGGAAUAAAAUGGAUGUACAAUGUCAAUUAUAAUGAGUUUUGAACAUGAUCCCAGCCAUGCCAAAACAUAGAUGCCUCAAAAAUAACUUCCCUGACUCAACAUUUGGCUGGGGUGCACAUCCUGCUGAGAGGUGAGUGAAGACUCCCCUGAAACCACAUCUCUCUCAGGGUUUCCCUCAUCUCUUCUUCCUGUGGUUAAAUGGAUCACAACAGAAUUACCUGGGCCCUACAAAUGCUCCCUUGCUUUCCUCUCAGGAAAGAAAUCAAAUCAGAAGGGAGGUUAACUAAUCAAAGUGAAAAGAACAAUGGAAUAAAACAGGUUUCGGAAAAGAAAACUGUAUAAUUGAUUUCAGCUAAUAGCUUCUUCUCCUUUUCCUUAUUAUUUUCCUUCACAUUUUCUUCCUUCUUCUUAUGAUGCUCAUUAUUAGCAUUAUCUAUAUACACUUUAUCCAUCUUCUAUUAUCCUGAACCCACCAGUUCACAGAUAGGCAAAACUUAUCAAGCAAAUUGCUGAUGCUAAUACUACUACUAUCACUACUACCACUACGUACUACUGCUGCUGCUGCUGCUGCUGCUACUG